AUGAAUUACAAUCGAACCUGUACUAAGUUAAAUGAAACUGGAAUUAAUCUUUGUUUUAAAACGCUUUUUAUUCAUUCUUUAAAAUGCUUAGUAUCACUUUUUCAUAUUUUAGAUAGUGAUGACAACAAUUAUCCACACGAUUCCAAUGAAGAGUUGUCCAAGUUCCCCACUCCUCCAAAAGCGCUCAGCGAACUAAGUUCACGUUUACAUUGUAGACAAAUUAAAUCUACCACUAAUUCAGUCUGUCAAAGUUUUCUUGCUCAUCCAAAGCUUACAUCAAGCAUUAAAACCUCUCAGUCACAACUACCUUCAACAAUACAUAACCUAGUUGUACCCAAAAAACCUAGCCAAUCAUGUUUUCUGUUAGCUGCAUCAAACAUAUCAAUCAGGUCAACACCAAAAUCUACCCAGUCACGUCUGCCAAUUCCAGUCACGUCAACACCAUCAAACCAACUGAUAAGGUCAAUACCCAAGUCCGUCCGCACCGUCAGAUCACUAAAAACAGUAGCUAGUGAUACUUCUACAGUCAAAUCAAGAAAUAGUGCAUCCAAUGAAGUAAGUAAAAGCACCGAUCCAUUAAAUGCAAAAUUCCAGAAGUCAGUUCUCUUCAAACUGUCACAACUCACCAUAGAAAUCUUGGAAGUUAAAAAGCUCCUUGAGCGACAAUCGAUGCCAGCUGCUUUACUAAGUGCUAACAACUCAAUGGACUCUUUGGAAAUUAGUGAUGGCCCCAUUGACACAGUUGAACAAUACAAGUCGUUGGCUUUUCGUUGUGAAAGUCCUGCUGCAAGUACUCUUUUGUUACAUUUGCUAAAGAAAAUUGGUGGAUCAGAUCUGGGAAAGACUACUGCGUAUAUUAUGUCGCGACUUUUUACUAAUUCUUUGAUGUCACAAAUGAACAUGGAUGGUCGAGGAAAUUUGGGGAAAGUUCCAUUCAGAAGAUCCUCUAUAUGUAAAGUUGUUGUUGAUUCUAUAAUGUACAAUUUCCCCAAUAUGUCUGUAGCUCAAGCACAUAAUGCUAUAGCCGCAUAUUUAAAACAGGCCUCAUGGCGGAUAGGAGGACCAAAAAAAAACAUCUUUGAGAAUAAAGAAAACGUUAUUAAUGAUGAUCAAAAUGUAGAGGAAGACGACCAGGAGACGAGUAUGAGUGAUGAUGUUGAUCAAGAACCGGCGCCCAAUAACAAAGAGCGGGCGCAUGAUGAACAAGUACCGGUGCACGAUGAACAUGCGUUGGACGAUAUACUUGAAAGAUUUUUGAGAAAGCAUAAACCAGAGUAAAAUAGACUUUUUUAUACGGAUUUAACGUCACUGUAAUAUUGCUAGUGCUAAGAUAAAAUAAUUACUGCGAUUAAA